CUGCUGUUCUCAAUCCAGAGCUCCGAGCCACAGUGAUUGGUCAUAACGCCGCUCGAGCAGUCCUGUACUUUCUCGCUUGUGCUAUGCCGCAUCUGUCUCAUCCAAAUCCACACAUUGACGGUGAUUGGUGCUGAGAGCUCGUUCAUCCCUGUCGCAUGCCCUGGCGAGGGUCAACUGUCGAGCAGUGACUGGGGUCAGCGCGACUUGGCGGGUUCCUACAAAUAAGAAGUGGCCCCGAAUCCUGAAAUGCGCGCCCUUUUGAUGCAAGAAAGUCCUGGAAAAAUUCCAAAGACGGCUUCCAGUCAUCUGAUCUGUCACGAGACCAGGAAGCAACCAACCAAAAUCUCAUACUCUCUCGUUUUGCGGUACCUUGUCCGUCACUCUCUUCCUUCCGCUGCCGCUGCCACCACCACGCUCCGCACGCCCCCAGCUCGCGUCGACGCGUUGUGUUGCUGCGCAUACCUCCCUCCCAGAUCAGGACGUGAAAGGAGAAUCAAGAGGAAGAGAAAGUCUCGCGCAGACGUCCUGUCAACAGCAUCAUCGGGUGAGCUUGCAAACACUUUUUAUUCUUAUUCAGUAGGCCAACAACACAGCUUCCCGUCCUGCAUCACACAUUCAAUAUUUCGACCCGUCCACGGUCCACACCGCAUCCCGGGCCCCCGUCGCAUUUCCCAGCCUCGCGCCUUUGGUCCAGAUCCGGGAGCAGAGACAUAACCCUAUUGGCUAGUGCCUCCUC